CGUGAACCCCCCCACGCCCGUUACACCGACGGGGAAACUGAGGCAGUGAGACAAGGCCUUCACCCCCCCUAGUUGGCGCGCUCUCCACUGCCCUUGGGAGACGCACGGGGGACUGGCGGCAUCAGGCUGGGAGGCCAAGUAACCCGCUCUCCUGGCCGGUCCCUUCAGACGCCGAGCUGGGACCCCGGGAUGGCAGGCAAGCAGGGGUACAGUGGCACCUUCUGCCCAGAGGGCUCUGCCAAGGCCCAGUGCUUUAGCCCAGGCAACGCGGCGAGCCUGGCUCCCUGCAGCCCUGAGCGCGGCCUCUUCUCUUCGCCCGCGGCUGAAGCUCGCUGGCUGAGCUGCCCGGCACCGCAGGCCGCGUCCCCGACCCACGAGAACCUCACGCUGGAAGAGCUGCUCACCCCUGUCACGGAGAAGCUCAAGUACCUGCUGAAGAAAGCAGAGGAUUUCCAGACAUACCUGCUCUACAGCAGGGACAGGAUGCAGAAGGAGCAGUUUGCCAAGGCCGUGCCCACCUUCCUGCAGAUGUGCCAGCCCUACUUCGAAUACCUGGAGUCCACCGCCCGCAGCUACAACUCUGGCCUGGGCGCCAUGCAGGCGUCCGUGAGCAAGAGGCUGCUGGAGAUCUCAGAGCAGCUGGCGUUGCGACUGGAGCAGCUGGUGCUGAUGUACGCCUCCUUCAGCUUCGUCUCCCUGGAGGACACCGACCCCUUCGGCGUCUCAUGCUUCUUCUGCGGCCGCUUCUGGCUGAGCGAGUGGCGCCAGCUCUCCAUCUUCCGCUUCUGCAUCUCCGCGCCCUAUACAGCCGCCCACCUGCCCCGCAACCUCUACAAGAAGAUGCGCUGGAACCUGGACGUUCUGGAGGAGGGGGCAGGUGCCGGGGGGCGGCGCCGGGGGCACCGCACUGAGUACUACUUCCUUUGCUUCCGGGACACGGGCAGGGAGAACACCGUCAAGAUGCAGAAGCUCUGGUCCAUCGGGCGCUGGGUGCCCCUGGACCCCGAUGCAGAGCACUCUUCCGACGUCCUGCAGUGGGUGCUGUGCAAACAGCCCACGGGUGACUUCCAGCCACUGCUGACCAUCGGUUUCGAGGAGCCCUCGCACACCCUGGCCACCGACCUGCUGGUGCAGAUCCUGAGCGCCCCGGCCUGCGCGCCCCUCCCCUGCCCUGGCGCCAGCAGGGAGCCCUUACACUGGGGCAGCCCGGGGGGGCAGGGACAGUAGCACAGCCCCCGUGUGGCUUCCUGGGGCGCAGGGGGCAAGUGCUGGCUACUUGCCUCCUGCUGGGCCCCUCACCCUGGUGUCAGGGCAGCCCCGACACCCAAACAGGCCCAUUGUAUUUUAACUGACCACUGGCUCUUUUAAAACUCCUCUGAUUCUAGGCCCAGGAGGGUCCUUAGCGAGGGGAGGCGGCUCAGCCCUGACUCCACUCCCCCCUUGGGGCUGAAGGGCAGGCUAGGGACCCAUCUCUGCAGAGUUCACCCCACUGCCUCUAGAAGGGCUGAUGCCCUGGGAGGGGUGGGGCAGCUCAGCCCCAGUGGGGUAGUGGGGGCAAAAGAGACAAGGGUUGGGGCUGCUGGGUCCAUAAACCCUCCCCUGAAAAAGCCCCAACCAGGGGCUGGAUCCCUGCUGUUAAUGCAGAACAGGGGGUCUCCACAGGCUCCCCUGAUCUGGGGGCAGCCCCAUAAUCCCACCCCAGGCCCCAUCUGCCGGGGUUUUGUCUCCCUCCCCCUCCUGUUCCUCAAACUUGCUGGGCCCUGAGAAUCCUCCUCCCCCACCCCCACCCAAUGUGCACAGAGCACCAUGGGGUCCCCUCCCCCACCCAAAUUUGAGCUGGAGGCCCCCCUCCCCUGAUCUCCACAGAGCCCUGUGCAGGGGUUCCCCCUCUCCCCAACCCAAGUGCAAUUCUUAUUUAUAACC